CUCCAUUUUUCCUUCUCUUGAUGUUUCUCUCUCUUAUCUCUAUUUUCUUGUCAAAUAAUUUUCUCUCUCAUAAAAGAAUCAACAAGUCGUCGCCUGGGAACUUCGCCGCCGACUUUUCUCUCAUGGACGGAAUAUUCGUUUCGGAGCUUCAAAAAACACGAUUCCGAAACCCUAAUAAAUAAGCUCUUGUGCGUGGGAAUAUCUGAUUAUUAAUUUAUUCAUUCUUCUGGUAAUUAGGUGGUUAUACCUAAAUCGCUUCUCUAGGGUUCGGAGCAAUUGCAAGAAUUGGUAUUUGCAUUUACAUUUCGGAGAAAAACAACUUUGGAGCCUAGGGUUUUAUAUUAUUGAUUAAGGGAUUGAGAAAAUUCUUUGAUUAAUUUGUUUGGGGAAGUUGUUAUUGAAAUUUUUCUUGUGGUUCAAGACUGGGGAAGAGAGGUGUGGGAUAAGGAGGAUAAUGUGUAUACUUUGCGUGAUUCAGAAGUGGUCACGGAGGAUUGCUACCAUGUUGCCAUGGCUAGUAAUUCCACUGAUUGGGCUAUGGGCCCUGUCACAGCUGUUGCCUCCUGCAUUCCGGUUUGAAAUCACAUCGCCGAGGCUUGCUUGUGUGUUGGUUUUGUUGGUAACCCUGUUCUGGUAUGAGGUUCUGAUGCCUCAGUUGUCAGCAUGGCGAGUCAGGAGGAAUGCUAGGCUUAGGGAGAGGAAGAGGUUUGAGGCUAUUGAGAUGCAGAAAUUGAGGAAGACUGCCACCCGGAGGUGUAGGAAUUGUUUGACUGCGUAUCGGGAUCAGAAUCCUGGUGGGGGUAAGUUUAUGUGCUCUUACUGCGGCCAUAUUUCUAAGAGGCCAGUUCUGGAUUUGCCUGUGCCUCCAGGGAUGGGUAAUUCAGGGAUUUUGAAAGAUCUAGUGGGCAAAGGUGGGAAGAUAUUGAAUGGGAAAGCUUGGUCAGAUAAUGGGUGGAUGUGUGGACAGGAUUGGCUCGAUAAUGGAAAUUGGGGUGGUGGGUCUUAUGCUGGGAAAUCGAGUUAUUGGAAGCAGAAUGGUGGUGGCUUAUUUGGUGGAGAUGAUGACCAUUGUUUGACAGAGAAGUCUUAUUCUCGUGUUCUUAUUUUCGCUUGCAGAGCAGUAACAGCAUUUUUCCUGUGUAUCAUGUGGCUCUGGAGAAAGAUUUUUAGGAUUAGUUCUUCCAGAGAUGAUGCUUCAGCUGAUGCAGAACGCAGAGGGAUGUUGGAUAAUCGAGGCGAAAAUGGUGGAAAUGGUCAAGAGAGUAGAGGAGAGAAAGCUCGCAGAAAAGCUGAGGAGAAAAGGCAGGCUAGAUUAGAGAAGGAGCUGCUGGAGGAGGAGGAAAGAAAGCAGAGAGAAGAGGUUGCAAGGUUGGUUGAAGAACGACGGAGAUUACGAGAUGAGAAAAUGGAAGCUGAAAAAGAACGUGGAAAAGGGUCCCCUCGUGCCAAGGAAAGAGAUAGUAAAAAAGAAUCUGAAAGGAAACGUCAGGAAAGAAAGAAGGAAAAAGAUAGAGGAUCAAGUAAAAGCAACUCUGAUGCUGAGCAGUUGGAAAAGAGAGUAAGCAAGGAAAGUGAUCGAAACAAGAAGAGUGAAAGUGAAAGACGGGAGCAAAACAGAACUACACCUGAAAGUAUGAAAGCACAUGGCACAGAACCAGGGCAUGGGUUUAAGGGUGCUGCUGCAAACAGCCUUAACCGAGGGAAUGCUGGGACAAGGUACUUGGAUCGCAUGAGGGGCACCUUUUUAUCUUCUUCCAGAGCAUUCACUGGAGGUGGCUUUUUCGGAAAGAGUAUCAACACUUCUACUGUUUCAAGAGAACCCAAACCUAACACAUUGGUAGAAAAUGCUCAAACUUCCACAUAUAGGAAAGAAAUUAUGCAACCAGAUCGGGUGUCAGGGAGAUCAAUAGUAAAUGGAGAUGAUAAGAGUGCUAACCGCCCUGUGCUCAUUGAAUCGCAACCAUGUACAGCCCCUAAAAAAUCAUGGCAUCAAUUAUUCACUCGUUCAUCUGCUAUUUCUCCUCCCACUUCAAAUGUCAUAAGCAGGCCAACAGGGAAGCAUAAAGCAGAAGUUCAGAGUGCACCCUUUUCUGGUCAUCCUGCCUCAACACAGUCAUUUGACAACCCUAUCAAUUUCGGGCUACCAUCACCAUUUAGUUUACCUGCUUUUCCUUUUGAAUCAAGUAGCAGCAGUACAGUUCUUCCGUUAUCCUCUGAAACCAUGCUUUCUAAAAUGGGAGAUUCGCCACAUCAAUUUUUACCUGAGGAAUCAGAGAUUUUUGAAGACCCUUGUUACGUUCCAGAUCCAAUAUCCUUGCUUGGGCCUGUUUCAGAAUCACUUGAUAACUUUCAGCUGGAUCUGGGUUUUGUAACUGACACAGGAUUUGAAAAACCAUGUGCUGUGAAGACUAAACCUGCGCCCUCUGAAGUUACCAAGCUAUCGCCAAUUGCAUCUCCAAUGUCUCGAUCACGAGUAUCUGAGGAGAGGCAUGCCACUUCUUUUCUUUUCCCCAGUACUCCGAAAGGUCAAGAUAAUGGCAACAGCAUUAAUGAUAAUGGAACAUGGCAGAUGUGGAAUAGCUCUCCUCUUGGCCAGGAUGGUCUUGGUUUAGUUGGUGGGCAUGUCAGCUGGCUUUUGCAUCCGGAUAUGAACUUGCCAAACAAGGAAGACAAUAUUCACCCAGCACCUCAUAAAACAAUGGCGUCACUGUUCAAGAAAGAUGAGCAAGGCAUUUCUCCCAGCCAUCCUUCGCAGAAUGUUGUAUUUGGAAAUUCUCAGAGUGGUGGAACAUUUAAUACAUGUGUUCCUGCUAUUGUUGAUGGUCCGUGGUUGCCAAAAACUUCAUUUGCGCCAACUUCAAGUCCAGAAAAUCAAAUUCUUCUCAAGCCUAAGGAGGAAGCUGUUCAGAAUGGCCUGAUUUUUGGAAAUUCAAGUGGUUCUGCUGCCAACCAUCAAUUUGAGCUCUUUGCUGCUAAUUCUUGGGCUAAAAAUGACUGGACUGUGCAGGGUGCACGAGAUGGUGUUGGAAACUCUCCAAUCAGCAAACCCCACAUUGGAGGCCUGUAUACCCCCCCAGAUGUACAGUCUCUUUGGUCAUAUGAUUAGAUAGAAAAAGAAAAAGAAGGAAAAUCAGAGUAUGAGGACUUGAAUACACCUUCUGUUCUGAAGAGGGAAACACCCUCUUUUGGAGGAGAGUUCAGAAUACUGGACUGCAUUGUAUCUUCCUUCUUUUCUGUAUAAGGGAGAUUUACUUUAGCAUGAUAGAAACUUUCAAUAGCGCGCAUGCUCUGUUGUCUGGUAUAAUUGAUGUUAACAGGACUAAUAUCUUUUGUUUCUCAUCUACCUGGGACAAAGAGAGCCGCUUAACGAAGUAUGAAAAUGAUUUUGGCCA